AUGGAUGGCUAUUACCAGCAUUACCUACCAGGCGGAGCUGGGCCUGGCGAGGAGACAAGUCCCAGUUCUCAAGAGGGACAUUCCUACAUUCACAACAGCCAGAUUCAAAUGGAGGCCGGCGAGAUGCCCAUGGUGAAUCCUUACGAAACUCUAGGUUAUGUCACCGGGUUUCCAGAUCCCAUCAUGUUUCAACCUCCAAAACCUCAAAACGCACGAAGUCGAAGAAAAUCAGCACCCGGGGUGGAUCAUGUCAAGCAUCGUCGAACAAGAUCCGGCUGCUACACCUGCCGAAGUAGACGAGUCAAGUGCGAUGAGACACAUCCUAUUUGCGAAAGAUGUCGCAAGGGCAAGCGAGAAUGCGUCUACCCCGAGGCUUCCACCGGAAAGGGGCCCUCUGAUGCUUCGGCCAAGGAAGGAGGACACACAGACAGCCCAGGACAGUCACCAGGAGAUGCCGAGGACGAAUCGGAGCGAGACACAAAGCUAGAGCCGAUCAUAGACGAAGAAGAGCCCGAUGACGACUAUCCGCGGAUUGAUCCAUCAUAUAGGAGAGCAAGCGCUGCUUCAGCCUCGACAUUACCCAAGCAUAGCGCAAGGUAUGGCUCCGAGACACCUUCCGGCGGAGGGAGCUCAUCUCCAUCCUUGUCUACCGGGACGAGUGUUGGUUUCAUGGCACCGUUUCGCGCAUCAGAUCCGUCCAUUCAACCAGGACCUUUGGACUGGUCUCAUCUCCCCACAGAACUACGCUUCUACCUUGACUACUACUGCGAAAACAUCACACACUACAAUUACGGCUUGUCAGUAGACCCCGAGGAUUUCUUCAGGAGUUUUCUACCAGGAACGGCGGUUCGUCAAGGGAACGAUGCCCUGCUGUAUGCAGUGGUCGGCUUUGCAGCAUACCACCAUACUAUCGGAAACCCGCGAGGACAAAUCCAAGACUUCCUCAAAUACUACAAUAAGAGUGUCACUUUGCUACUGGCUUCUUUCAGAAGGAAGGAGAAACAAAAUACGGCCACACUCCUGACAAUUCUCCAACUAGCCACUAUCGAGGAAUAUCUUGGUGACUGGGUUAGUUUGAUGGGCCAUCAAAAAGCUGUCUUGCAGAUCAUGACGACGUUAUUCACCCCAAGCACGGUAAUGCAGUCAUACGUUACCCGCACACUCUUUGCGUGGUAUGUCCGAUUCGAUGUGUUUGUCGGUAUGCUCGGCGGCUUCGAAACACGGUUACCGCGAGAUUGGUUCUCAACAGCCUUGGAGUUCUUCGAAGGUCAAAUUGCACGAGAGCCCGGCGACUACAGCUUGAAGCUCGAGCUAUAUUCUGCGGCUAUGAAUAUGAUUACGGUGGAUAUGUCUCUGCUCUUCGCCAAGGGCGGCCGGGGCGAGAUCUCGCCACAAUCUUUUGCUGCCGAGCACCGGCAUUUGGAGGAACGACUCCGGAAUUGGAAGGCGAGUCUCGACAGCGACCAAGAACUGUGCAAUACAGACUAUCUUGUCACUGACUUUGAAAACCGGCAACCACUGACGGAUGACGAUAUUGUUGACCCCUACGCCAAAAAGUUCUUGUAUAAAUCUCAAUAUUUCGCCACUACCAUCCUACUCUGCGAGUGGCGCUCGAUCCUCGUCAUGCACAAGACGCAAGAAGCCUUGGCGGUGCAGCAGGAGCCGGCCCAAGAGCUUCGGGAUUUGGCUUACGAUGUAUGCCAAAUCUUUGAAACGGUCGAGAGGUGGCCCUCAAGCCCAAACGGUGCUCUUGUCAUACUGCAGUCGGCGUUGGUCAUUGCCACGCUUUACCUACCCCAAGAUGAAAAGCAUCAGAGGUGGAUGAAAACAAAGUUUGCAACUAUCGAGUCCAUGGGGUACGUUUUCCCGCUCACAAUGAGGACGCGGUUUGCAGAAAUCUUCCAGGACCCGACCUGCGUCAAUUGGUGGCUACCAAACGACGAGGGUCUCAACCCCGUCAUACGAAGUAUACGUGCGUUCGCAGACGAGCGCAGCGCGAACCCAGUUUCCGAACAGACGGAAAGUCUCCGGGAGAUGACGGCAGUCUUUGCCAAGAUGGGACUUCAUUCUCGCGACGAGAGCUCGUCUCCCUCUGAGCCUUCGCCGACAAGGAAAGGCAAAAACAUCAUGCUCUAA